CUGGUGGCCCAGAAUGCUGAGGUCUUUCGCGCGUUGCCCCUCUAUGCUGGCGGGCUGGGAGUCGUAUCGUUACUGCUAAAUCGGACCCUUUCUGGCAUAGCACCAGUCGUUGACGCCAGCAGUAGUCAGAGUCGCGCAGAUGUCGUGGGUAUCGUCUUGUCAGCUGUUCUGCUGCUGACGGGACUUCAAUGGCUGUCCCUAAAGCCGCGUGAAGUAGCAGCGGUGGACUUGGAUGGCACGACUGUCAAUUAUGUCGACCCAGGGCUUAAGCCCAACGUCGAAUUACUGCGUGAAUUCGAGUGGGCCCGCGACGCCGUGUUCAAGGCGACGCGGUGCAAGUCUCUAGUGUUAAUAUACAAGGGACGAAAUCUGUUCCAUUACGGCUACAUUCUGCGAGGCAGGAAGCCCGGUGACGCCACACCGGGCGACAUUUGCAACCAGGCCAUGAAAGAUGGUCGCGGCAACUACCUAGCCAACUUGGUGCUAUACCCCGGUCGGCCCGAGUUCACGGCCUUCCUGCCGGAAAAUACGGCAGGAGUUGUCGUCCAGCCUGUGGGCAGUCAAGGCGUGCUGGUGGCGGGAACCGACACGGUACGUGGCUUCUCUCGUCUGGAUCAGGCCUGGCUGGCGAGUCUGGCGGAUAAGUUGGAGGUGUCGUUGGGA